AUGGCUUUCAUCCAAAUCAAACAAGUUCUCCUGUUGCUCCCUCUGCCUGGACAACAUGAUGGCAAAACGAAUUCAACCAGAACUACAGUUCCUCCUAUGACAACUCCUGAUUGCUGCAAAGACUCUAGCGAAGUCACGGAAAACAUUACUGUUGCGCUGUGCUCUCCAUCCGUUGAUGUCAAUGCCACGAAACUUCAGUGCCAAUGGGAUACAGAGGCACAGGAGGUGGGCUGCAUUAAUACCACAGAUCUUUGCCAUGAAAACCAAUCCCAAGUGUGUGUGAACACAGCCUUUCCUCUACUGCCUAACUGCACCGUCUCCAUAUGCACAAGUCCAAGCCCCGUGAAGAAUUUGACCUUAGGCAUCCAGACCAAUAGUUCCAUCAUUCUUCACUGGCAAAUUGCAGUAGACUGCUGCUCCACAUCCCCUGCCAUCAACCAUACAUCAGUGGCUGAUGACAACUGCAGGAAUGGUACAACGGAGAUCUCAAGGCUGUUACCUGGGGAAGAUUAUACCAUAACUGUGUACAGAACCCUAGAUGGAAGAGUUAGCCAAGGCACCUCCAUCAACGUGACCACAAUACCUUCACCUGUCGUAAACAUCACAAUAAAGAACUGCACCACGGAUUCUCUGACAAUUGGAUGGACCCCACCUAGAGACUGUCAAGCUAAUACCUACAACUACACAGUUUGCAUCCUCAACUGCACGGUUGUCUCCGAAAGCCCAUACAUUGCGGAACAUCUGCAGGCAGGAGUUACCUACAGUAUUGUGAUCUAUGCUGUCACCAAGAGUAACCUCCCUAGUCCUAGGAAGCACAUAAAUGCCACCACAGUUCCAACCAGCCCAAAUGUAAGUGUGAUUGAGUACGGCAACAACAGUUUCUCCUUUUCCUGGAAUCCUCCUGAAAACCAAAAAGCAAGCUAUACAUACUGCUUGAGCUGGUUGCCUGAAGACGAGAAAGAGCCGCUGCAAAAUUGUUGCAUUCCAGACUUCAGUUAUACCAUCCAGAAUCUCCUACCAGGACGCCUCUACUCAGUGAAUGUGACUUCGGAGAUUCAUGAUCUUAAGAGCGAGAAAACUACAAAAUGGAUUUUGACACUCCCAUCCCCACCAACUGAUUUCAGCAUCCAAACCAUUAACCAGACAGCGGCCAUGUUCACCUGGGUGGCUCCAUGUUCGCCUUUCAGUGGGUACCAACUGAAGUGGAAGAGUGACUCUGAGAAAAAUGGAAUUUGUCUUCUCCAAACUUCCAAGGGAACUGUUUUGCCUGGGCUCACUCCAAGCACCAACUACACCUUCACCCUCUUCAGCUUGGUGAAAGGGAGAAACAUGACACGGCUCAGCACUGAUGUCCAGCUACAGAAAGCCACAAAGCCAGAAAAAGUAACUGACCUGCAGUGCAGGGCUUUGUCAGGAGGUGACAAACUAAAGUUGUCCUGGAAAUGCCCCCAAAACAACAUCAGUGAAUUACGUAUCCUCGUGUGGAAUCAGAUUUGGACCACAAGGGAAACGUGUACAAAAUCAGUAGUGAUUGACCGCCUGCAACCUGGCAGGAGAUAUCGGAUCCAAGUGAGAACAUAUUGGUAUGACCAGUAUGCAAUGUCCGAUCUUGAUGAUUGCUUCACUGACAAUAUAGGGAUUAUCGUAGGACCUCUUGUUGCUGUGCUGCUUCUCUUAGUCAUCCUCAGCUUGCUGCUGCUCUAUUUCAGGAGGAGGAAAUCCAGUAAUGGCCUGAAGAAACCCAAACCAGAUAUGGGACUGCCUGAAGUCCAUGUCUCAGUGCCGGUCUCAACUUUCCCAAAUUACUGUGACGAGAAAUUUUCCAGUAGUGCCUUUGGUUUUGUCAAGGAAUACCAGCAACUGCAGGACAUGGUGAUGGAGCAGCCUCAGAGUGUGGCCCAGCAGCCUGAGAAUCAGCCCAAGAACCGCUAUUGUAACGUCGUUCCAUAUGACCAUGCCCGAGUCCAGCUCCUCCCCAGACCCGGAGACCCCAACUCUGAUUACAUCAAUGCUAGCUAUAUGCCAGGCUUCAAGAGGGAAAAGGAGUUCAUUGCAGCUCAAGGACCGCUCCGAGAGACGUUAUAUGACUUCUGGCGCAUGAUAUGGGAGCAACGGAUCACAACUUUGGUCAUGCUCACCAACUGUUUUGAGAAUGGACGCGCGAAAUGUGAACGCUAUUGGCCUUUGGAUUACACCCCCUGCACCUAUGAGGACAUCAGUGUCUCUGUUCUCACAGAAACCAUCCUUCCCGACUGGACCAUCCGGGACUUCAGUAUCAAACGAGUGAACGAAUCUGAGGUCCGUCUUGCCAGGCAUUAUCAUUAUUCUUCUUGGCCAGAUCAUGGGGUACCCGAGACCACAAGUGGUGUCCUUCACUUUCGAGAUCUUGUGAGGGCCCACAUAGAGGAACACAAAGACAGUGGGCCAGCUCUGGUGCACUGCAGCGCUGGUGUGGGACGGACAGGGACAUUCAUUGCCUUGGAUUCGCUGCUGCGCCAAGCCCAAGAAGAAGGACAACUAGGUGUCUUCUCAUUUGUCCAAAGACUCAGGAUGAACCGUCCACUGAUGAUUCAGACAGAGUCUCAAUACAUUUUCCUGCACCAGUGUCUCCUAGAUGGAAUCAAAUCUGUCACGAAGCCUGGGAUGGAGAAGACGGAGUAUACCAUUGUCUAUGAAAACGCCUCAACCUUGCGGGAGUAUGAGAUCUCCCGUGUGUGAGGGAUCUCAGAGCAGGACCUACAAAGAGUUGGAGAGGUCUAUUUCCCAGGUCUUCUCAAACGUUGAAGUGGUCAUUUUCCUGGGAAGCAUGGUGUAGACAGUUUCUAAGGGGGACUUAAGUUUCUUUGUAAUUCCUCCUCUUUUCCAUGCCCAUCAAAUAUUUGCAGAUGUGUUCAUGGAAAUGGAGCAGAGUUUCAGAAGGAAAUGCUAGCUUCACAACAGACAACAUAGCUGCACUAAUGUUUAUGUGCAUGCCUCAGAAGUUCUCCAGAUAUCUGUUCCUCCAGAAGUAUAUUCCAUGUGACCCUCUAUGAUGGUGU